UGGAGGCGGCGCCUGCGCAGUGGUGCUGCCCUGAGGGGGGCUGUUUGGCCAGCUGGGCUUCUGUUUACAGCCGUGGGACGCGGCGUGUGGCUGGGCGGGUGCGGGAGAGUUGGCGGCUCGGAAGGCCGGCGGAGGCGGCUGGCGCUGGAGGAACAGGCUUGAUUUGUGGAACCGGCGUGGACGAUGGGAGGCGCAGUGAGCGCGGGAGAAGACAACGACGAGUUGAUCGAUAACCUGAAGGAGGCUCAGUACAUUCGGUCGGAGCUGGUAGAGCAGGCCUUCAGGGCGGUCGACCGGGCUGACUAUUACCUGGAGGAAUUCAAGGAGAACGCUUACAAAGAUUUGGCCUGGAAACAUGGGAACAUCCACCUCUCUGCCCCCUGCAUUUACUCCGAAGUCAUGGAAGCUCUGGACCUACAGCCUGGACUCUCCUUCUUGAACCUGGGAAGCGGCACCGGUUAUCUGAGCUCCAUGGUCGGCCUCAUCUUGGGUCCUUUUGGAAUAAACCAUGGCGUUGAGCUUCACGCUGAUGUUAUAGAUUAUGCAAAGCAGAAACUGGACUUCUUCAUCAGAACAAGCGACAGCUUUGACAAGUUUGAGUUCUGCGAGCCGUCCUUUGUCUCCGGAAACUGCUUAGAAAUCUCUCCAGAAAGCUCGCAAUACGACCGCGUCUACUGUGGAGCCGGCGUCCAGAAGGAACACGAAGACUACAUGAAGAACUUGCUGAAAGUCGGGGGGAUUCUUGUCAUGCCCCUGGAGGAGAAGCUGACGAAGAUUACUCGCACAGGCCCUUCCGCCUGGGAGACCAAGAAAAUCUUGGCUGUUUCCUUUGCUCCUCUAAUCCAACCCAACCACUUAGAUUCAGGGAAGUCAAGACUGGUUCAUUUGCCCCCAGUGUCGGUUCGCAGCCUACAGGACCUGGCUCGCAUCGCCAUCCGCGGCACCAUUAAAAAGCUGAUCCAUCAAGAAGCAGCCAGCAAAAACGGAAACGGCCUCCGAAACCCACCGCGGUUUAAACGGAGGCGCAUCCGGCACCGCCGGAUGGAAACCAUCGUCUUCUUGGACAAAGAGGUCUUUGCGAGCCGGAUCGCCAACCCUUUGGAGGAUAAUAAUUGUGAGGAAUUGGAAGAAGAUUGCAGGGAAGACGUGGAGAAACCUAUGCCGGAACUGAAGCCCGAACCGGCUACAAACACCUUGAGAGAGAAGAUUCUCGGCCUGCCUCUCCCCGAUCCUUUGAAAUAUUACCUGCUUUAUUAUAGAGAGAAAUAAGGAGCCUUGGGAAGCCGAUCCGUCAGGGAGGGAGGCAGGACAAUAACACAACUCGGCAGGGCUGACAAAAAACGCAAGGCCACUUGCUUGCCUUUUCACACAAACCCACCCGCGUGGGGUGAGAGUUAAACUGGGGAACACGGCUGCCAGGAAUUUUAAAAUAAUGGGAUAGCCUUUUCCUUCCCCCACCCCACUCCCACUCCCACCCAAGACCCUUUCCCUUGAUUUGAGUGCUCCGGUUUUGUCCUAAGCAGGACUUCCUUGGUGAGGAAGAGAGUGCGGCAAGCCAAUCCCGUAUAUCUGACAGAAGAGAGGGGUUUCGUGCCGGUAAAAAACAACAACAACAACCACCCUGAAAGGAAAAUCACACAUUUGCUGAAAUAUUUGUGAAUAUCUCCACUGUUUGUUUGUUUUUUUUUUGUUUGUUUGUUCCUCCCUCCCUCUCUCGCUCUCUUCCAGGAAGCAGUUUCAGGAAUUAUAUAUAUAUAAAUAUGAAUAAAUUCUUAUCGGGCGAGUGAGGCUGGGAGGCUGGCCUCAGCUGAACCACUAGGGCUGCCUUCGCAUCGGAUGUUUAAGCAGAGCUUUUGCAAGAAGGGGAACGAUUCCCCAGAGACGACGAUCUGGGGAUAAAAAACCCAGAAGAGAUUUUCAUCCUGUACGAUUAAAAAGGAGAGAGGCCAAAAAAAAAAAAAAAGGCCGUGUGCGGCUUAAGCAAGGACAGUCAAAUCAACGACACCUUAACGCUGCAGCAGCCUUAGACUUUUUUUCAUUGGCUCGCCUGAAAGUUGGCUGGGAUUUAUCAUUCCCUGCACGGAUUUCAGGUGAUGAAGAAGGAGAGGCGCCAGAGAAGGAAAACAGUUCCUUCAAACCCACCUGGCCUUGUCCGAGGUCCGUUGAAAUCAAGUAUGUCACGGAGAGAUAAAACCGGGCACCUUGUUUGAAUUCAGGUGGUUAGUUAUCCAGACAGGAAGCGCCUGGAGAAAACUACCAGUGGCUGGGUGGGCUCUUGUGUCUUUACCCCCAGCCCAUCCUACCACCACCCCAGGGUCUUCUACUUUAGCAGAAAGGCUAAAAACUCAACAUUAUGUUCCCUCCCCCCCCCCUUUUUUUUUAAAAAAUUUUAUUUUAUAGAGGCUACGGUAAAGCUUACUUCGAAAACAUGGCACAAGGCUUCUUAAAUGUCCCCUAACGCACAAAUCCUUCUGGAAAGUAGAUUGGUUUUUGGGUUGGAAUUUAGAGUGAGCAGAAGCAGUCGUUAAAAAUUUUAGGGCUUUUUUUUUUUCCCCUCUCUCCCUUCCAGCUGAAAUAUUGGACAGGAUCAUCUGAUAUUCCCCAGAGGAAGGGGGCCGAAGAUAGUUUUCAGUUUGCUUUAGAUUUCCUGUGGAACGUUUUUAACUUCUCAGUGUUCGCGGUUCAGCUGCUUUGACUUAGAAAACAGUGAGCCAGAGGUUAAUAUUAUUUUUUAUUUUUAUUUUAAGCUGAAAUGCAGGCAAAUCUCCCCACCCGCCCACCACCGGGUUUUUAGCUCUGGCAAAGCAACUCUCCUCAUUAAAGUAAGGCGGCGAUGUCCUGCGGGCUUACCGGGAGCCGAAUAAACCCGUGCUUUGUGGUCCCCAUCAGGGGAGAGACACCCCCUCCCCGCCCUGCCCCCAGUCUAGUUGGCACUGCAUGUGCAAUGUUGUGUUCCAUGUUGUGUCCUCUGAAGCUUUGUGUCAACCAUAGCGGAACGAUCGUUUUGUAGAGCUCUCGGUAAUAACAGUUAAAACUGUGCUGAAUUUCCUUCGGUAACUUUCAUUUUUGCUCUGAACGAUGCCAUUAAAAUUGUUCGAUGCUCCGUAUCUCUUUUCUUCGACUGAGUCGGUCUUGUUGGGCCUUUUGGGCUGUCAUCGUCUCGGGUGAACGGCCCAUCAACUUUGACAUCAUAGGUGUCGUCUUAACCUAUGGUCAGGUUCAAGUUUUAAUUGUCCGGAAAGCAGUUUUAUCAAAGAACCUAUGAAAUCCUUCUCUGCCACUUAGGUUUAAUCUUCACGUUUAGUUCGGUAAACGUUCUUCUUUCGGCGUUAAUAAAUCCUGCCCCCCCACCCCGAGGCAUCCUUUUCAUCAACUUUUACUUCUUUCUACUUGUUUUUGGGGUUUUCUCAAGAAAGAACGACCAGAGUUAUUGUGUGAAGGUUUUUUCUUUCAUCUUCACCUUCGUUAAAAACGAUCUAGAAUUCUUUUUUUUUUUUUUCCAGCGCGUAGAAAAACAAAACAAAACCAAGGAUCUUCGGGAGCCCUUUUCUCUUGUUUGGGGUGAAAGAUAGCAAGAUUUGCAAGCCGUUGUGAUUUGUUCAGUUGUCGUUUUUAUCAAUAUACGAAGGUAGAAAAAAAAAUUGUGUGUUUGGGUUGACAGCAUAAUGUGAAAUAACAUAGGCUUUUAACAUUGUGAACAGAAGAGGAAUUGUCAGUGUGGUAUUUCUACACACCAGCAUACACACACACACACACACACACACACACACACACACACACACUGGUUAAUCCGGGUCAGUGUGUUUUAGCCAACUAACGUGGCCUAUGAUAUCUGUUCUUGCAAAAUAUAUAUAUAUACAUAUCGCAGUUCCCUCCAAUGUUUAUUGUUUUCCAGUUUCACAUAAGCAUUCUUUUUUUUUUUGGUAGCUUUGGGAUAGAAUCGCUAAGUUGUACCCUUACGACAAAAGGUUUUGCUUU